AUGGGAUGGAAAGUCCCUGAUUUUACUAAGUUUUCUGGUGACACCAAUGAGUCCACAGUCGAGCAUGUUGCUAGGUAUCAGAGUAAGGCCGACAAUUUAGCCAAUAAUGAAAAUUUGAAAACAAAAUAUUUUCCUAAUGAUUUGACAAAGAACGUUUUUAUGUGGUUAAAUACAUUGCCUCCACAGUUCAUAUUUAAUUGGAAUCAACUAGAAAGAGCGUUCCAUGAGCAGUUCUACAUUAGCCAAUCUAAUAUUAGCCUCAAGAAGUUGGCCAAUGUGAGGAAAAAGGUGGUUGACAGCAUAGAUGAUGACCUAAAUAGGUUUAGGAUAAUGAAACCGAUGUGCUUUACCCAAGUUCCUGAACAUGAUUUAGUUGAAUUGGCUGUAGGGGGUAUUGGUUAUUUUAUUAGGAAAAAGUUAAACACUCGGGAUCUUGUUCAAACUGCAUUGAAAGGUAGGAGGCUCAAAUUUGCUUAUAAGCAAAAAGCUCGAUUGGAGGAAGAAGUUGAUCCCAAGGUUGAAGGGGAUAUUUUUGUCGAUCCUGUUGAUGUGUUAAUGGAUGAUAUGACACAAAAGAGUGCAAGAAAUAGUGAAAAAGGAACAAAGAACGUGAUUGCUCGGAAAUCUUCACAACCUACAACGGCUUCAUCAUUCUUCUUUACCGUUUUCUAUACUCUCUUUUACGCUGCUUUGGAUAUUAAAGUUGAUUCAUUCGUUGUUGUUCUUACUUUUCUUUGCUGGGUUUCUUCUAGUUUCAUCGUUAAUUCCAUCAGUUUCGAACUCGCUUGGAAGACGGUUUACAAAAACGGCGGUGCUCCGCCGGUGUUCCAAUCCCCGAAAUGCCCUCGCUGGAGACUCUUCGAUUACGAUUCUUCUCCUCGAACUGCAACGCGUUGUCAAUCUUCGAUGCUCCAGGGUCGAAGAAAAUCACAAGAGGAUCGCACUCUCUGUGUACUCGAUGUUCGCAUUCCAUUCCCCGGUACGAUGGGGAUCAGGGAGGUUGUAGUUGGAAUUGUGGCGGUUUUCGAUGGACAUAACGGUGCUGAAGCUAGUGAGAUGGCGUCAAAACUUUUGAUGGAGUAUUUUGUUCUGCAUACUUAUUUUCUUCUUGAUGCAAUGUAUUCUGUUGUAUCAAAGACUUCCACAGGAAAAUUGCUUCACAGGCGAGACCAUGAUCACGGAAACUUAUUGCAUAGGUGGAAAGAGAUUUUAGGUUGGCAAUGGCAUGAACUGCAUUCUGAAAGGUUGCAGAAUGUAUUUUCUGCUAAUUUUGAUGAUUCUUUUCACUUGGAAAUUUUGAAGGAAGCAUUGUUGAGAGCAAUCCAUGAUAUUGAUGUAAGGUUUUCUGAGGAAGCCUCUAGAAAUAACAUUCAUUCAGGAUCUACAGCAACAGUUGUAUUGGUUGCAGAUGAUAAGUUUUUGGUUGCCAAUAUUGGGGAUUCUAAGGCUUUCUUGUGCUCUGAAAAUUUUCAGUCUCCUAAGGAAGCUAAAGCCUCCUUAUUAGAGCUAUAUAGGCAGACAGAGCGUGAUGGUUCUGUUUCUGUGUGGGAUCGUGAAAAGUAUAGAUUAGCUUCUUCCCGUGGGCUCAAUCAUUUUGCAGUGAAGGAAUUGACUAGGGAUCACCAUCCAGACAGAGAGGAUGAAAGAACUCGGGUGGAAGCUGCUGGUGGUCAAGUUCUAAAUUGGGGUGGUUUGCCUCGCGUAAAUGGUCAGCUGGCCAUUACACGAGCUAUUGGUGAUGUGUUAUUUAAAAGUUAUGGAGUUAUAUCUGCACCAAAAGUGACUGAUUGGCACUGGUCGGAUCCGCACUGCUCCUAG